GGUAAUUGAAAUCAAUCUAAAGCUCCUUUUUCCAUUAUUUUAGAAGUAGAUCCAAUUAUUGCUGACUUAAGCAUCGGAGUGUCUACCCCGAGGACCCACCUCGAGUCUUUGCAGGUUCAUUCGGAGUGAAGAGGUGGACUGAAGAAGGAUCUCUGGUUUGGUGUAAUUACAUUGGCGCUGUCUGUGGGAAUCUAAACUAAAAGCUCCUUUUUUUCUUUCUCAUCAUGGUUAACACUCGAUCUGUCCGAGCUGGAAAUCAGGCUCAACCUCUUGGACAAGGUCAAGGUCAAUACCCCAAUAACCUUCCACCUCACCUCCCACCUCAAAUCCCAAAUCUAUUCCCUCCUAUUAAACAUGCAGAAGGAGGAGAUGAAAAUCAACCUCACAACUCAGCCCACAAUUCAGCUUCCACUCAUAAUCAAGGAGAUGUAGUCAUAGCUCAGCUUGCUGCUAUGCAACAGCAAUUCAGUGUUUUCCACUUAGAAAAACUGGUAGCCGAGCAACGAGGUGCCCCACCUUCACAGCGUAACACUGAUUCCAUACCUCAUCCUCUGAAUACUAAUAUUACAUUGGAACCUUAUCCCGUUGGUUUCAAAAUACUUCAGCUCGAGACAUAUGAUGGAACGAAGGAUUCGGAUGAUCACUUCCACGCCUUCUACUCCUAUAUGCAGGCUCAGAACGCUUCUGAUGCAUUGAUGUGCAAAAUCUCUCCCUCCAUUCUCCGUGUUAAUGCUCGAACCUGGUAUUAUAGUUUGCCUCUGAAAUCUAUUAGCUUUUAUACAGAAAUAGCAUCUGCUUUUGCUACAAAGUUUUCCAAUAGAAGGUUGAUUAGAAAAAUCACUUCUAAAUUGAUGCGAGUCAAACAAAGGGAAGGAGAAUCUCUGAAAAAUUACAUGAGCCAGUUCAAUGACACAGUCCUCGAAAUCAACUCAUUCAACCAAGCCGUGGGAAUUACAGCUGUAAUUCAAGGUCUCCAGCACGAAAGAUUUAGAGAUAGCUUAAUUAAGUAUCCUGCUGCCACCUUUAAUGAGAUUAAUAACAGAUCUUUGAAAUUCAUAACUGUUGAGGAAUAUGCCUUAUCACAAAAGCCAAUUCUCUCUAAAAUUCAAAACCUAGAUUGGAGAGAUGAGGGUCAAAGUAGAAAGCAAAUAAAGACAGUACAGAAUCGAGGUCCGAUGUCGACCUCCACAUCGAGAUUCAGAAAGCCGAACUCGGUACCUCCCCAACAGAUUACCAAUAAAGCACCAAGAACAUGGACUCCUUUCAAUUUGUCGAGGUCGCAGAUAUUCAUGCAGAUCAAGAAUAAGAUGGAUUUGAGGCGACCAAGGCCGAUGAGAAGUUCUGCUGCUACACGUGAUCAUACUAGAUACUGUGAUUUUCAUCAAGAUCACGCUCAUACAACAGAGGAGUGUAAUAGUUUGAGGUCCGAAUUAGAAAGUCUAGCUCAGAAAGGAAUGCUCAAUGAAUACAUCCAGAGAACAGAGCAACCGAAGUUUAUAAGAGGGCAGGGGCCACAACUACAGAGAUCUCAUAAUGCAGGAAAUAGGCAAGGAGUGGGAUAUCAACAAGCCCCACCACCACUUCCGCCACUGGCCAGAAUUAUACAUAUGAUUACCGAAGGAUUAGAAGUAGGGGGUUUGAGCUCCAAGCAAAGAAAAUUGUAUGUUAGGGAGAGGUACGAUGGUCCCAUAUAUGGCUUCAAUAACCAACCUGUUCAGGUAGAAGGAGUCCUUACUCUCAACAUUGCUUUUGGGAGCGACCGAACUUAUGUUACCCUUUCAAUUCGAUUUCUAAUUGUCAAAAUGACAUCCUUUUUCAAUGCUGUUAUCGGACGACCCACAUUAACCAAGAUCCAAGCUGUGGUAAUGGGAGUUGAGAUAGUAGACAACCGACCAAAGGAUGAAACUAGAGCUACCCUAGUUGAGGAUGUAGAAGAAGUGCAAAUUGAUGACAAAGAUCAAAAUAGGAAGACACAAAUUGGAACUCGAUUAAACCCAAAAGAAAUAGUAGAGCUAAUAGCUUUCCUCCGAGCUAACAAAGAUGUAUUUGCUUGGAUCUCAAUAGACAUGCUAGGAAUUCCAACCUUGGUAUCUCAGCACAAGCUCAGCACCAAUCCAUUAAAGAAACCAGUAGCCCAGAAGCGACGCCUCUUUGGGGGGGGAGAGGCUUCAGUGUUGGUCAAGAAGGUAAAUGGUAAAUGGCGAAUGUGCAUCGAUUACACAAAUCUCAACCAAGCUCGUCCCAAAUACUGUUAUCCGAUGCCAAGCAUUGACAAACUGGUUGAAGCGGCUUUUGGAAAUGAGAGAUUAAGUCUCUUGCAUGCAUAUUCUGGUUACCACCAAGUGCCGAUGGCUCCGAAGGAUGAAGAGAAAACCUCAUUCUAUGCAGGUGAUGAAAUUUACUGCCAUGUAAUGAUGCCUUUUGGCUUAAAGAAUGCAGGUGCCACUUACCAAAAAAUGGUGACCAUCGUCUUUCGAGCUCAGAUCGGUAGGAAUCUAAAAGUUUAUGUCGAUGACAUUGUGGUGAAAAGCCCAAAGGUAGAGGAUCAUCUGGUUGACCUCGAUGAAACAUUCAAUAAUCUUAGAAAGAAUAGAAUGCGGUUAAAUCCAACAAAGUGCAUUUUUGGCGUAGAAUCUAGGAAAUUUCUUGGUUUCAUGGUUUCUCGGAGGGGGAUUGAGGCUAACCCAGAAAGGAUUAAAGUAAUAGCCAAGAUGGAACCACCAAAGUCAGUGAAAGAUAUACAUAAAUUAACUGGGAGGGUGGCAGCUCUUCAUCGGUUCAUAUCGAAGACAGCAAAUAAGUGCUUGCCAUUCUUCAAGAUCAUGAGAUCAGCAGCACAGAAGGAUGAAUUUGGAAAACAGAAGAAGUUUGAAUGGAACACAAAAUGCCAAGUUGCAUUCAAUGAGCUUAAGUCUUAUCUUAGCUCGCCCCCUUUGCUAAAAAAGGCUAUUGAUGGAGAAAUCCUUUAUCUGUACCUCGGUAUUUCAGAUGAAGCAAUUAGUUCUAUCCUAGUGAGAGAAGAAGCAUCUAAUAGCAAGGGCUUAAGAGCUGGUGCUCUCUUAGUUGGUCCAGAUAGAUAUCAAAGUGAGCAUGCUUUGAAAUUUAACUUCGAUGCAACAAACAACAUGGCUAAGUAUGAAGCUCUAUUACUUGGCUUGCAACUAACAGUGGAGCUGAAAGUCAUGGCGAUACAAGUAUAUAGUGCCUCGCAGCUUGUGGUUAAUCAAAUCAACUCAGUCUGCGAGAUUGUUAAUUCUGUUAUGAUGAAGUAUGUAGCCUUGGUGGCCGAGUUGAAAUGCAAAUUCCAGAAAUUUUGUUUGUGCAAAAUUCCCCAAACUGAGAAUAAACAAGCAAAUUCACUUUCUAAGUUCACCUCUAAUAGUUCCUUAAGCUCCAGAUCAAUUUUUGUUGACGUUUUAAAUGAACCGAGCUUCAUGAAGCCAAGAAUGAUGGAGAUCAGCACAGACCUAAAUACACUGAACUGGACAGAUCCAAUUGUCUCUUUUCUACAAGACAGGUUAGUGCCUAAAGAUAAGCAAGAAGACAUGAGGUUGAGGAAGAAAGCGUCUCGAUAUACACUCGUUGAUGGGGUCCUCUAUAAGAGAUCUUUCUCACUCCCUCUCCUACGAUGCUUAAAUCCUUAUGAAGCUGAGUACGCACUUUAGGAGUUAUUACUUCUUCAUUUCUGAGAUUCAUUUCAUCUUUUAGUCUAUAUCCCCGAGGUCAAUCUGUUUGGAAUUUAUUCUUUCAACUUCACUUUUAUUAAUGAAUUUCACUUUACAUU